GUUUGGCGGCGGCUCCGCCCCGCGCGGCCAUGGGGGACGUUCCGGGGCCGGGGCUCGGCUUCGCUCCCUUUGCGGUGCCGGGUUGGUUCUGCCCCGAGUCCGACGGGGAGGAGGCGGAGGAGGAAGAGCGCUUUAUCCCGACCUACGGCCGCCCCCCGUUCGCUUUCUAUGGGCCGUACGGCGAUCCGCUGCUCGUCCCUCCGCGCGGCUUUACGGACGCGGAUGCGGAGCCGCGCGGGCUGAGCGGGGCGUGGAGGCACCGCGUUACGGCCGAGGAAGCGGAGAAGAAUGCAAUGGAGCUGCUGGCAGAAGAGGAGAGAAUGAAGAAGAAAGCAGAGAGGAAGAAACUGAAGAAGAAGAAGCAAAAAGACCGGAGGAAACAAGAGAAGUUGGAACAGGAGCUGAGGAGCAGGCAGGCAGCCGCGUCGAGCACCGCAUCCCCGGCCAGUGCUGCGGGUGCCACUCAUGGGGACGCCAGCAGUGCUGAGGAGGAGAGCGGCUGCCUGGCCUCCAGCCCCCCUCAGCGCCUCCAGGAUCGUGCAGAGGAGGGAGUGGGGGAUCUGGAAGGGAUAGAGGAUGAACUGGAUUUGAGUUGCACCUUUGUCAUCAAAGCGUGGCAGAAAGCGGGCGUGAAGCCGCCAGCACCUGCAAAGGAUAAAUCAGUCAGAGCUGAUGCUGCAGAGCCCAACAAGAGGCUGCAGGAGGGGGCACCCGAGCCCCCACUGCCCCGCACGGCUGCCCCACAGGCACCCAAGCCCGAGCCUGCGCUCUUGGACACAAACAUGUUGGAGCAGAGCCUGAUUCUUGCAGGCUGCGGCUACCAGGCUGCCGUGCAGGGACGCUACGCAGAGGCUGUGCAGGCCUUCACCGAGGCCAUAAAGCUGAACCCCAGGGAGCACCGGCUCUUUGGGAACCGGUCGUACUGCUACGAGAAGCUCCUGCAGUACCAGGAGGCGCUGAGGGAUGCCCAGAUGGCCCUGGAGCUGCAGCCCAACUGGCCCAAAGGCUUCUUCCGCAAGGGCAAGGCGCUGUGGGGGCUGAAGCUCUACGCCGAGGCCAGGGACACCUUUGAGCAGCUGCUGCACCUCAAGGGCGCCCACGCUGACGUAGCCACCCGGCUGGAGGCCUGCCAGAUGCUGCUGCAGCAGAGCAGCCUCCGCGAUGCCGGCAGCCCCAGGGAAAUCCCCGCGCUGGAAGCUGGGGAGCCGCUGACACCCACCUCCGCAGAUGAGUGUGAGAACGGCGGCAGCAGCGAUGUGGACGCGGGCGGCUUCGUGACCGUGGUGAACUCGAGGAGCCACUCGAAAAGCCACGUGCGGAACACGGCCACGGCCAGCCCCAGGCACCCGCUGCCUUCCCAGCACCCUGCCAGGGACUGCUAUCCUCUGUGGGUCGGAAACAUCACUUUCAAGGUCACCAAGAAAGCGCUGCAGAGCUGCUUCGGCCGGUUCGGGCAGAUCCAAUCCAUCCGGCUGCUCCCGGAGAAGCGCUGCGCCUUCAUCAACUUCCACCAGAAGGCAGCGGCGGAAGCGGCGUACGGAGCCAUGCUGGGCGCCGAGCUGGAGGGCUGCCGGCUGGCGCUGCAGCUCAAACACCCGUCCCACGCCACGCCGCCGCCCCGGCAGCGCCCGUAGGACCCUCCGUGGGGGAACCUUCCUCACCUCGCG